CUAGGGACUAGGGUGAAAAUAACUACAUAAAUUCUCUAGUUUUUUUUUUAAAUAAAUAUAUAAUAUUAUAUCACAGUGUUCUCCUUCCUUAUAAUUCACAGUUAAUCCCUCCCUCACAACCAAACAGAAAGAACCAUGGACACACAAUCCACACAACCAAACAACAAGAACAAGAACAAGAACCACAUGAACAAAACCAUAAGAAAAACCUUAACAAUCCUCAACUGCCUCCUUCUCAUGCUCGGCAACACCGGUGGCCCUUGCCUUUCCCGGCUCUACUUCAACCACGGCGGUCACCGGAAUUGGCUUCUCAGCUUCCUCGAAACUGCCGGCUUUCCAAUCCUCCUAAUCCCUCUAAUCAUCUCCUACUACUAUCGCCGCAGCUCCAACCCUUCAACAAGGGCUUACUUCACUACUCCACACAUCUUCAUCUCUUGCGCCGUCCUCGGCCUUCUCACUGGUCUUGAUGACUUUCUCUAUGCCUAUGGUCUCUCCUUCCUUCCAGUCUCCACCUCCUCAUUACUCCUAGCUUCUCAUCUUGUCUUCACUGCAGUCUUUGCAUUCUUUAUAGUGAAACAAAAGUUCACACCAUUUUCUCUCAAUGCAGUUGCACUGUUAACUGUUGGAUCAGUAAUAUUAGGGUUACAUAGGAACAGUGAUAGACCAGCAAAUGUUACAAAUAAGAAGUAUAUCAUGGGGUUUAUCUUGACUCUUGGAACUGCUGCUUUGUAUGGUCUUGUGCUUCCUUUGAUUGAGCUCACUUAUAUGAAGGCUAAGCAGGUUGUUACUUACACUCUUGUCAUGGAGAUGCAGGUUAUCAUGGGUUUCUUUGCCACUCUUUUCUGUGUUGUUGGCAUGCUCAUCAACCAUGACUUUCAGGAAAUCCCAGAGGAAGCAAGGCAGUAUGAGUUAGGGCCAGUGAGGUACUACAUAGUGCUGAUAUGGUCAUCAAUUUUUUGGCAGUUCUUCUUCUUGGGAGCAGUAGGAGUGAUCUUUUAUGUGCACACAUUGCUUGCAGCCAUUAUCAUUGCUAUAUGCAUCCCUAUCACUCAAGUCCUUGGAGUUAUCUUCUUCCAUGAACCUUUCAGCAGUGAGAAAGGUGUGGCUGUUGUGCUCUCCUUGUGGGGCAUGGCUUCUUAUUCUUAUGGUGAUUAUCUUCAGUCUAAGCAAAAGGAUGUUGCUCAUGAUCAAGUGGUUGGAGAAAGAUCAGAUCAAGUUAUUGAACUUGGAGAUGAUAUUAAUGUUGCUUAGAUUAUAAAUUUAUAAUUAUGUUCU